GUUGCCAGCGUGCACUGCAAGCGUUGUAAGGCUUCUCUCCAGAUUCUCUUGUUUAUUUUCAGCACCUCCAAACACGUCCCUCAGCAUGAAGGCUCUGAGCCCGGUGCGCGGCUGCUACGAGGCGGUGUGCUGCUUGUCGGAACGCAGCCUGGCCAUUGCGCGGGGCCGAACCAAGGGUCCAGGCGCAGAGGAGCCGCUGAGCCUUCUCGACGACAUGAACCAUUGCUAUUCACGUCUGCGGGAACUGGUACCCGGAGUCCCGCGAGGCACUCAGCUUAGCCAGGUGGAAAUCUUGCAGCGCGUCAUCGACUACAUCCUCGACCUGCAGGUGGUCCUGGCCGAGCCGGCUCCUGGACCCCCAGACGGUCCCCAUCUUCCCAUCCAGACUGCAGAGCUCGCUCCAGAACUUGUGAUCUCCAACGACAAGAGAAGCCUCUACCACUGACCUAGCCGUCCUGGCGCCUCCAGAACGCAGGUGCUGGCACCCGUUCCGCCUGGGACUCACUCGGGGACCUUCUACUCAGCCCGAAGCUCUUGGGCAUGGAUCGGCCCCAACCUCGCCCAGCUCAGUUGACACCCCCCCCCACAACAACAACAAAAAAAACUUGUCUCAAGGCUGGACCUGGCGUCCGGGAGCGAAGGACUGUGAAGCUGGGUGGCCUGAAGAGCUAGAGCUAGCUCUCAGCACCAGCUGGGUAACAUCACCCAGCCCCCACUCCACCCCCGUUUUGAAUACUGUAUUUUCAGAGUGUGGAGGUGUGUAUGGGAAGGGGGGGGGGGUUGGCUGCUCUCCAAACUAUGCCAAGGUAGAGCUGAUCUUUCUGGGUUCCUUGGAGAGAGACUCUGUUGCCCUGAUUAUGAACUCUAUAAUAGAGUAUAUAGCUUUUGUACCUUUUUUGCAGGAAGGUGACUUUCUGUAACCAUGCGAUGUAUAUUAAACUUUUUAUAAAAGUUAACAUUUUGCAUAAUAAAAUGGUUUUUAAAUA